AUGGUGAGAGUUAGCGUCUUGAACGAUGCUCUCAAGAGCAUGUAUAAUGCUGAGAAGCGUGGGAAGAGGCAAGUGAUGAUCAGGCCAUCUUCAAAGGGUAUAUGGGUGAGUUUUGAGUAUGUUGAUGACCAUCGUGCUGGAAAGAUUGUUGUUGAGUUGAACGGCAGGCUGAACAAGUCCGGAGUAAUCAGUCCUUGUUUUGAUGUUGGUGUCAAGGAAAUUGAAGGGUGGACUGCUAGGCUCCUUCCAUCUCGUCAGUUCGGUUUUAUUGUCUUGACGACCUCUGCUGGCAUCAUGGAUCAUGAAGAGGCCAGGAGGAAGAACGUUGAUGGCAAGGUGCUAGGGUUUUUCUACUAG